AUGAACAAUCCAUCCCCUCUUCUUGCUUACAAGAUUGAUCAUCGGCUCGAGCAACAACCAGAUGCGAAAGGCUUGACGGUCAAAGUCGAAACAGAGAUAAUCCGAGCCCGACAUGAGUGUGAUCCCAAAAAGAGUUCUUUCUCUUUCUCAUCGCACGAAUUCAUCAAGGAAGAUUACAACUCUUUGAACAAAGAAAAACUUUAUUAUUUCCUUAUAGAAGCUGGAAUCGAAGAGGAUAAUGAUGCUCAAUUAUGUUGGAAGUAA